GAAGAAAUAUUUUUCUUUUCGGAAGGAGAUCCUUACAAAGCGGCCCUAUUUCUUUUUUCAGCCAGAAAAAAAAUAGUCUUAGAAUCUGAAAACCGACGAUGUACGCCAGGACAAACACCGGCAGCACACACGGAGACUUUCAGGACAGAAACGGAGUGAACUAUGUGACAUCGACGGAGACUUUCGGCCACUGCUCCCAAUUGUUCUGGAAAAAGGAUCCCAACGACUCCGGACCGAGUUCGACCAUCAGUUGGUGCGAUCAGCUCCCGUCUUCCUCCGCCGCCCUCUCCAGCUCCAGCCUCUCUUCGGCGUCUCUCUCCAGCUCCAGUCUCUCCAUUGAGUCCAGAGCGCCCGCACCAGCGCCGCCGACGUCGGCAUCAGACGACAUGGAGUCUGACGAGAGGCCGUACGUGUGCGAUCUGUGCACCUGUGCUUACAAGCACGCCAGCUCCCUGCUCAACCACAAGCUCACCCACAAGACCGGAGACUUCAGGUGUGACUUUUGUAGCAAGCCCUACACCAACUACAUGUCCCUGCGUAACCACAUGAGAAUCCACGGUCAGAAGCGUUACAUGUGUGACCUGUGUGGGAAGGCCUUCCGCCUGGCCCGGUACCUCCGUAACCACCAGAGGAUCCACGACGACGGACCCAACCGCUUCGACUGUCCCUCCUGCUGCAAGAGCUACAGGACCAUGCUGGAGCUCGCCCAGCACCGCUGCACCGCCGCCUCGACCAGCCAGAACCGGUUCAACUGCCCGUCCUGCUUUAAGAGCUACAGAACCAUGCUGGACCUGGCCCAGCACCGCUGCAGCGCCGCGGCCAAAAACCAGUCCGGCAGUCGUCGCAAUUUCUCCAACGCUCGCCGUCAGCAGCAGCAGCAACAACAGAACAAUGCGAACUCCAUGAUGCAGCACGGAGGACACGGCCAGGACGCUCUGCCCUCCCACUGCGUCUCCCCGAUGUCACAGCCAGGACAAGGCGGCCAACCGGUGCCCGACCCCCACCAGGGCCGUCCCAGCUCGGUGUCGUCCCAGAGCAGCCAGCAGAGCAUGAGGAGCUCGUCCUCCAACAAACACCACUCCUCCUCCGGCUCUACCCCGUCCUCCUCCUACUCCCUGCUGCAGCCCCUGGUGCCUGAGGUAAAGGAGAUGAGCUCGGGAUACACUAGGCUGAGCGCCAACCCCAUGCCGAAGCACCAGGACACUUUCUCUCUGGCCCCCCAGCGGCCCCUCACCACCAUCAACCCCAUCGGCCACUCCCUCCAUCCGAACGGAGCGCCCACGCUGAAGCCUUCCCCCGUGCCGCGCACCAUCCAGGCCAUGCCGUGGGAGCAGCGCUCGCUCUACAAUCAAUGAGACCACCUGGACCCGUGCCGACCCGGCCAACCCCCCCCCCUCCACGUCGCGUCCAACCCCACACACCUCCCCCACCCUCAGCAUCGAGGAGGGAGGACUCUGGACGCUCCUCCCCCUCCUCCUCUGGGACGUUGUGUUUGGGCCGGGGGGGGGGGGGGGGGCAGGACUAGUUGAGAUUGAUAACUGAGUAGUUAGGUUUAAAAUGUGUUGCCUUGACCCUCCUGUAUGAUCUAUGCCAUGUAUAAGUUAAAAUGUCUGUCCCCUCACUAAGAAUUAACCCUCCUCCCCGCUCUAGUUAUGAAAUAUCUAUCCUUCCUCCCCGUUACGAAUAGUGUCUCCCCCCCCGUCCUUCCUUAUUUUUCUUUUUGUUAAAUGAAACAAAAACUUAUUUUUAUUAAAGAACCCUUCACAGGUUCAGGGCACCGAACAUAAAUGUGACAAAGUCGUCCCUUCAGUCCGAUAUGUUUCUGAACAUAACCCCGACGUUUUGUGGCUUCUGGAAGAAGACGACAAUCUUCUUCUUCUGUUUAGUUUUUUUUACGCUCCCCCCCUUCCUCCACGUGCUCCAGAAUGAAGCUUGUGUAUAUCGUGUGUUCGGAGGUGUCUUGACUGUUUCAGAAAGCCGUUCUCUCAGCUCACACACACACACACCUGUCUGUGAUCUCUGAGCACGGGCAGCACGGACCACCGUCGCUCUGCAGAACUUUUUGAAGCGUCUGUGUUAUGAAGACUGAAGUGCUGCUGUUCCAAACAAAAGAAGGACCUCGACGGUGAACGUCUUUUUAACACACAACUGAAAGCUCACUUUUUUCUAAACACCUGCGUCUGACUGGUGGCUUGUUGUUGUAGUUCUAAUAAUCUGUUGGCUGGGAUUCAAACCGUUUAAAGCUCCUCCCCUUUUUUGUCCCACACUGACUGUUUUGCUCCUCUCACGUUAAAGCACUUUAAGACGAGUGCUGCAUAAUUAUUCCUGUUGCCCCGCCCCCUUUCCCUCCUCCUCUCUGUCUGGAGCUGUCAACCCUUCAUCACCCACGCAGCAGCACCAGGACGCGGAUACUUCCGGGCGCCACAGGGAAGAAAUAAAGUCUUUCUGCAGCUCUGAACCUCUUUAACUCCCCGCCAGUAUUGAUCCUCCUGUUAGCAAACAUCACACACGACGACCACGUUCAGGUCUUUUCCGUACGCAGCCAAUAAACCCCCCGAGAAGAAGAAGCGAGUUUUGUAACCGGCCAGCAGCAGCCUAACACGGAUCCAGUUUGUAGUUCUGUUACGCUAACACGGUGUUCAUGGAGACCCCCACCGUUCUACUGACAUUGUAUUAUCUCUCUUUUUAAAGUUGUUUCUAUUUUUAUUCAUGACAUGUUUUCAUUGUUGCUUUCUCUCCUUGUAAAGUGUCUUUGAGUAUUUAGAAAAGUGCUAUACAAAUAAAAUGUUUUAUUAUCAUCACCA